AUGUCGGACUUCCAGCAGCCGUCCACUGUUAUUGUGCAGCAUGGCGACCGCAAGAACAGCGUUCGCAAAAAUAGCAUUGCUGCUGAGGACAUGACCCAUGUGGCCGCAGUGCCAACGAAUAUCGCUCAAGAUGCCGCCAAAGCGGCCAAUGCCGAAACCAGCAUGACCCUACGUGAGGGUCUCAAGCUGUACCCUUGCGCCGUUGCCUGGUCGGUUGCCAUCUCGGCUUGCAUUAUUAUGGAAGGCUUCGAUAUCGUCCUCAUCAAUUCUCUUUACGGACUCCCGGCCUUUCAGAAAAGAUAUGGUCAGGAGCAGCCCGAUGGGAGCUACUCUGUCAGUGCCGCAUGGCAGUCUGGCCUUUCGAAUGGUGCCCUGGUCGGUGAAAUCGCUGGCUUGAUGUUUGUUGGCUACGCUGCCGAGAAAUUCGGCUACAAGAAGACCAUGAUCGCGGCUCUCAUCUGGAUAAUUCUCUGCAUCUUCCUUGCCUUCUUCGCACAGAACUUGACUAUGUUACUCGUCGGAGAAAUCCUUUGCGGCAUAAGCUGGGGUGCUUUCCAGACUCUCACCACCACUUACGCCUCCGAAGUAUGCCCUGUUGCCCUACGGCAUUACCUCACCACAUACGUCAAUCUGUGCUGGGUCUUCGGACAGUUCCUUGCUAGCGGGGCGCUGAAGGGUGUAGCAGACAAGAUGGGGCCAAUCGCUUAUAAAUUGCCGUAUGGACUUCAGUGGAUCUGGCCCGUACCUUUGAUUGUGGUCCUGGCUCUGGCCCCUGAGUCUCCUUGGUGGCUGGUUCGACAAGGACGCAAGGAUGAUGCAAAGCACAGUCUCCUACGUCUGACCUCCGCGAAAGGCAACCCUGAUUUUGACCCCGACGAGACUAUUAACAUGAUGAUCUACACAACCGAGCUCGAGAAGGCACAUACUAAGUCAGCCUCAUACGCCGCCUGUUUCCGUGGUGUCGAUCUUCGACGAACAGAAAUCGUUUGCGUCGUUUGGGCCAUUCAGACGCUGUGUGGAUCCGCCUUCAUGGGCUACAGCACCUACUUCUACGAACAGGCCGGACUCGAUGUAUCCAGCGCUUUCAGUCUCUCACUUGGCCAAUACUCACUUGGCGCAGUUGGUACGAUCAUCUCGUGGUUCCUCAUGGGCUGGUUCGGUCGUCGUACCCUUUACCUUUGGGGACAGAUCAUACUUGCUGGUUUGCUCAUAGUCAUUGGCUGUGUCGGCAUCCUACCGAGAACCAACACGGGAGCUUCCUGGGGUAUAGGCUCAAUGAUGUUGAUCUACACAUUCCUUUACGAUGCUACGGUCGGUCCAGUCUGCUACUCGCUCGUUGCUGAGAUGGCAAGCACGCGCCUUCGCAACAAAUCAGUUGUCUUGGCUCGCAAUCUCUACAACAUUACUGGGCUUAUUGCGAACGUAUUGACUCCCCAUAUGCUCAAUCCCCAAUCGUGGAACUGGGGCGCAAAGGCAGGUUUCUUUUGGGCCGGCUCCUGCAUUCUCUGCGCGACAUGGACCUACUUCAGACUGCCGGAGCCAAAGGGACGUACCUACGCAGAACUCGAUAUCCUCUUCGACGCCAAAGUCUCUGCCAGGAAAUUCAAGACCACCGAAGUACAGUCUUUCGCCAAUAUCUCGGAGACCUCUAUGGACACAACAUAUCCUUCAGAGAAACAUGACACCGAUGUGCAGAUUGAGCGGUCUAUGUGGUAG